AUGUUGAGAGCAGCUUCUUCAACGCUAGGCAAGAGAGCCUUCGCUCGGUCAGGUGCCCACGCACCCAAAUUGAGCAAUGCUAGCUUUCACUACUCGGCUCGUCGCGAGGAGGAAGCAAAGGAAGAAACUUCUUCGGAAGUAGCCGAUAAGGGUGGAUUCAUGGGAACUGGAUUGUCUCACUUGUACGCCAUUCCUGCCGGUGUUGCCUUUGGAGUUCCAAUCUUGGAAUUCAACUGGUUCUUGGUCAACGAAGAGACUUUGCUCGCCUCUACCUUCGUUAUGUUCUGCGUUGUCGCUUACACCCAAGGAGGAGAUGCCAUUGCCAAGAUGUUCAAGGACGAAGGUGAUGCCAUGCUUGCACUUCAACACGAAGCGGAAGAUGAGAUCAUUGCCAAGAUGGAAGAAAACUUGGCUUACAUGAAGCUUACCGAAAAUAUUGUUCAGGAUUACCAAGAUAUCUUGGAAUUGACCGGACAAUCCUACGAGAAGCUCAAUGCUGCCGGAGCGAUCAAGCCCAAGCAUGUCCUCAAGGCACAAGUCGAGAAGAUGUUGACCGUUAUCGCCGCAGAAGAAGCCAAUGCAUACGAUAAGGCCAAGACCGCCUUGAUGGUCGAAGCCACUGAUGCCGUCACUGCCAAGUUUUUGGACGACAAGGCCUUGAAGAAGGCUGCCUUGGACAAUGCCAUGUCCAAGUUGACCACUGGAAAGGCCAUGGCUGGAGGUGACCCCGUGCAAGGAGCUUUUGUCAAGUUCUUUAGCGACAAGAGUGCUGCUGCCAAGAAGGCUGACGAUGGAUCCGAGCAAAAGGAAGCCCGUGCCAACAUGAUUAUGAAAAUGAACGCUGUCGCGGAAGCCGAGGGAAUGUACUUCCGCUUGGACGACAAGGGUACACCCAAGAUGGUUGCUUAA